AUGAUUAUAGAAGCACCUGAAGCGCUACGCACGUGGCUUACCAGAGAAAUGGCUCCAAUAUGUGAUGCUGAACCAGCAGCUCUUGCCAAAUAUGUACUGGCUCUGUUACGCAAGGACAAACCAGAAUCGGAGCUGAUGGAAUUUUGUAUUGAACAACUUGAUGUUUUCUUGCAAACAAAAGCGAGACCUUUCGUGGAGAAACUGUUUCGUAUCAUCAGGGAACGUAGCUACAUAAUUACUACCGCAGCGACAUCAGCUACCAUCCCCAUGCUACAAUCAAAAAAUUCUUUUGUAAUGUGUGAAAAAAAGAAGGAUACUGAUGAACGAAAAGAAGUGAAAGAGAAAAGAGAAAGUGUCAAGAGGAAAUGUGUCAGUCAAGGCGACAAGGAAAAGGAACAACAGAAGGUCCGAGACGACAAAGAGAGUGAAAAGACUUCCGCAUCUGAAACAGUUUCAGGACCACCUCAAAAAGCACGAAAAAGAAUCUCACCACCAGUAGAUAUUCCUCAACGUGAAGAAUGCCGUCGCGAUCAUUCAGCAAAUCGAUUCGAAAGGCGACGUAGCCGAUCACCACGUGAAAGACGAUUGGAACGUGGGGAUCGAAACUUAGACCGACGUGUGGCACCUUUGCCUACACGACUACAACACUGGCAACCAGAUCGAUACAAAACUGACCGUCCCGAGCGGUUAGAACGCAAGCGAUCUCGUUCACCACGUUCUCCUUACGAAAGGCAAAGGCGCGAAAAAAGUGGUGAGCCUGAAAUACGAAAAAAAAAACGUUGUCGUGAUUACGAUGAAAAAGGAUACUGCAUGAAAGGAGAUCAAUGCAUUUAUGAUCAUGGGCCAGAUCCAGUCGUUGUAGACGAUAUUGCUCUAGAAAAAAUGGUCACCAAUGGAGCAAAACCUGCUGUAACUCAAAUUGCGACCAAUUUUUCGGUUCCACCACCUGGCUAUACACCGUUGAAUCCUCCACCGCCCGGUGUGGACAAUGUAUAUGCUACAAAUUCGAGCGCUGUUGUAUCAGCCGCUCUUUCAGAAGGAUAUAAUCCCGAGGCUCCAGCACUGAGCGCUUCUUCGAUACCAAUUGUAGCAGCAGCACAUUCGCUAGAUUUUUCGGUACCGCCACCACCCAUCCCUCCAGUUGUAGUAAAUCAGCCUUGGAGACCAACAACUUAUACGGUACCUGCCAUGUCAUCAUCUGUUUUAAUUCAUCCUGCAGCCAAUGCCUAUGAUCCAGCGCAUUCGUCCACUACUGUUCCAUCGCAUAAUGUCACGCAGUUGACGACUAGUCAAAGACGACGAGGAAGAGGAGGUGGUACUGGUAACGUAGGACGGUAUGGUCAAAGUGUGGGUGCUGUGAAUAGAACGCUUCAAGUACGUAAGAUACCUGCGGAAUUGAACAAUAUUGCAAAGCUGAAUGAGCACUUUGGACAAUUCGGGCAAAUCGUUAAUAUGCAGGUUUGUUUCGAAAGUGAUCCAGAAGCAGCCCUUAUUACUUACGCAAAUCGAUACGAAGCAGUUGCAGCUUAUAAGAGUACAGUGCCAAUACUCAACAAUCGUUUCAUUAAAGUAUUUUGGCAUAGUACAAAUGGGCAAGCAAAUAACGUUGUAAAUGCAAGCCAGGUGGCACCAACGAAUAGCUCAUCGGUAACAUUCAAUGCGAGGGGCUCUCUGACAAAGACAGUGCAUGUUGGUUCACGAUUGGCUGGUUCUGCUGUUAAGAACUCACAAACAGUACAUCCAGCGAAUUCGCAGAGUAUCGAACCUCAGGCUUCGCGUUCUGCAAUCAAUCAAUCCUUGAUAGAUAGAGAGAAAUACAUCGAAGUGAGGCGUCGACGAAAACAAGAAAAGGAAAACAGAAUGAGAUUAAUAGAUCUUCAGCGGCGAAAAUCUAAUCUUAUGUCCAAAGAAAUUGAACAGCAGAAAAUCAUACUGGAAAAAAUGAAGGCGGGAGAAAUUACUCCCGAAAAAAAGAAGAAGUUAUACAAGAUUUUCAAAAGACUAGAAUCUUCUGUGGCUAAAACAAAAGGCGAGAUUGCUGAGCUUAAUGAAAUGUUGGUAAAAACGAAAACUGUUUCCGAAGCAACGAAGACAACAGAUAAUUCAAACGGCUGCGGUGGUGCUGCAGAGUCUGUUACUGGUGUGGAUCUUGCCGAUUCUGAUGCAGGUGAAUUAUCAGUCAGCGACAUGGUUCCAUCUCCUAAAAAAAUUCGCCUACAAGACUCUUCACAGAUUCUUGAUAACCGUUCAAAAAUGGUCGUGGUACGUGGUUUUGAAGCAGGAACAGAAAAUGAAGUCAUUAUUCAUAUGGAACAUUUUGGAGAAUUAGUCGACAUGGACUUUGGAGUUCCUGCGCAGGAUAAAUCGCUUACUGCUUAUUUUACCUACAAAAAAAGGCGUGAUGCUGAACAGGCAGUAUCACUUGGAGCAGACUACCCUGCCGGACACUUAAUAGUUGAGUGGGCCCCAAAGCAUGGAGCUGAGGCGAGUGGCGUUGUACCUGAUGAAAAACGACAACCGUCGGAGCGUGUAACCCCUGCUGCUUUGUUGGCGAGUUGUCCAUUGGAUGAGUCGGACGAUGAUGGCAAUGAAGAUUAGUUGAAAGAAUAUUUGGUCAGUGAAUCUUCCGUACUUCACUUCCAGGCAGGAUUUUUCGGAUCAGUGGAAAAUGUUUAAACAAGCUACACUUUUUAUAAAAUUGCUUGACCCCAUGCCUCUAUGCCCAAAAAAAUUCUGAACUCUUUUGUCGCGACAUUGGGUGAUUCGCCUGUAGCAAUAACUAUACUAUUGACAAGCUUACAAUGGUAGCAUUCUCCGUAUUAGAUAUUCCUCUCUUCUUAAACAGCUCCUCCUAAAGUCUGUGUUAUCUAUGAUUAUUUUGUUCUUUUCGUAUUUCUGUUGUGAUUAUUUGAUAUAAUUUGCUGUUUGGCGAAAAGAAAAAAAUCUAAUAUCGGCUCAGAAAAGAAAAUGAAAAAUAAAUUUUAUUUCAAAUGGAAAAAACUGAACACAGAGCAAGAAGAAAAAAUGAUGUUGAAAAGAGAAACAAAAAGUCAGAGCUGUAAUGUAAGCCGACACCGAGUGAUGGUCUUUGAAAAUUAUUCUGUCGAAGUUUGUUAUUCUUUUCGCAUAGUUGGCACAUGCUAUGCAUCAUCACCUUGUGUUGGUCACCCUUUUCGAACUCAAAUAUUGAAUUCUUGGAUAAAUGUCCACUGCGGGUAUGUUCUCUUUUCUUGUUCCUUGAUUUUUGUUUGGAUUCGGCAUCAGUUCACCUAAUUUUAUUCCGUUUUCCAAUUUUGGUAUAACUUUCUGUUCG